UGGCAGACAUAAAAGCUGUUGUGACUGGAAAAGACUGCCCUCACAUGAAGGAGAAAGGAGCUCUUAAACAAAACAAGGAGGUGCUAGAGCUUGCUUUCUCUAUAUUGUAUGACUCGAGUGGCCAGUUGAAUUUCAUUGCUCCAGACAAGCAUGAGUAUUGUGUAUGGACCGAUGGGCUGAAUGCCCUCCUUGGGAAGGAUAUGUUGAGUGAUCUAACGCGGAAUGACUUAGACACGCUGCUCAGCAUGGAGAUAAAGCUACGCCUCCUUGACUUGGAAAACAUACAGAUCCCUGAUGCUCCCCCACCUAUCCCAAAGGAGCCCAGCAACUACGACUUUGUUUAUGACUGUAACUGAGGCUGCCACUGAAACUCGCUUCAAAACUGGAAAUACUAUAACUGGAGAGAUAUUUAAAAAAAAAAAAAAAAAGGAAGAGCACGAGGGGAAAAAAAAGCCACUUGUGCACCUUGGAUUUUGGCUUUGGGGAGGGGUGUAGAAACACUUGCAUUCCUUCCUGUUCCCUGCAUCCCUUCCUUCCCCAUUCACAUCUUCCCAAUUGCUCAUCCAAAUCCACAUUGCUUUAAUUAACUUGUAAUUGCAGGCCAUCGGCCUUGCUUAAGGCAAAGAACUGCCACUGAGAAGCACCCUCCCGAGGACCUUUUUUACGUUUUUAAUACUGGAAUAGACAUUCGUAACUAAAGGACGAUGUUACCAAACUGCAUUGCCUGUGACACCCACUUGGCAGGGCAGAGGCUUUAACUGGAAGGAGGAGGGAGGUGGGGAGCGGAAGCAGCCGCUGUAAGCAGAAGAUUUCCCCAGGCACUCCCCAGAGUCUGCUCACAACCGAAUCCAGCGCGAUGACAAAAGUCGUUAACUGCUUCCCAGUGCUUGCACCACUCGUCACUGUCAUUACUCUUGCCAUUGUCAUCUUGACUCUUGCCACCGGCCUUCACCCAACUGAUUGGCUCCCAGGGCAGAAAGUCUGCAGGUUUUUGCUGUACCAUACGCUGCGAUGCUGCAACAGCUUUUAACUUCUUUUCCUUAUGGCUCUAAGAUAGCCCCACACUGGCAGACCACCCGCAAAAACUGUGUACGAAGCCACUAGUGCGUCCCGUCCCCGUAGCGUUCCCUAAGCCUCAGUUGCCUCUAAAAUUGGCUUGUUGCUCUUCAGAGUUAUUUUUAUUUUCUUGGUCCAAAGUUCAACAGUUAUUUCCACAAAUUAAUCACGACUGCCAAACAUCCAGGUUUGUGUUGUUGUCAUUGCUAUGGUGUUAGGAAUUCGCAAGGGAUGUUUUUUUCUUUUUGUACGGGUUCUAAUUUUUUUAAUUUUAUUUUGCCAAACAAAUAUAUUUAAUGAAAACUAAUUUCAUUGUGAGUACUUUUGGGGGACGAUAUUUUUACUUAAUUUCCAUUUGGAACAUUCUCCCUGAAGGGGCUCCCCGGAAGGAAAAAAAAAAAAAAAAAAUUUCCCUUCAACUUCGCUGUUGAAUAAAAAUCUGAGUUGUGAUGA